ACCCCGCGCUGCCGUCUCCGCCGCCGUCUCGGUGUAGAAAAGACCCCCCUUCCCCCUAAAAUUUUACAGACAACGUGAUCCCCAGUUUCAGCUUAGAAAAUAGAGGUUCUCUGAACCUCGGUGCCAUGGCUCCUGCAUUCUCGGCUGGCAUGAUUAAACAUUGACGGUGUUUAACAGGGAAAUUGACAUGGAUGAUGAAGAUGGCCGGUGCCUUCUAGAUGUCAUUUGUGAUCCUCAGGCCCUGAAUGACUUUUUGCAUGGAUCAGAAACUCAGCUGGACAAUGAUGACCUGCUGGACGGCUCGGCAGACCCUGCCGGUGCGUUCUUCGUGGGUGCCAGGGCCCAUGUCCAGGAAGCUCAGUCUGCCAAUCAUCUGGUAUCAAGUGAGCCUCCACCAGUUCCUAGCACUAGUGUGGACCUUGACUUCCUAGAAGAUGACAUUCUUGGCUCUCCUACUGGAGAAGGUGGGACCUCCAGCCUGGCUAAUUCUGACCAGCCAUGUGACAUUCUCCAGCAAAGCCUUGCAGAGGCUAACAUCACAGAACAGAGCUUGCAAGAGGCAGAACUGGACUUGGGUCCUUUUGGUUUGCCUAGCUUGCAGCCAGUGGUUCAGACAUUGACUGAUGGCGCUACAACAGCUACACAGAUCUUCCAAGGAGCCCCAGAUCUGAUAGGGCUACAGCCCCCAGCUGUGCUCGCCCAGCCUGCACUUGUUCAACAGCAGGUUGUAAACAAGGCAAUCAGCGUGCAGCCCUUUAUGCCACAUAUGGGGUUGAGCAAUGUCACUCUUCAGCCAAUCUCCAGCCUUCAAGCCCUGCCCAAUGGAAGUCCUAGUGGAGCCUUGGGAAUUGGACAAAUUCAGGUGGUGGGCCAACAGGUCAUGACGAUCAACCAGUCAGGACAGCCUAUUAUUGCUAAGCAGGUUCAGCCCAUGGGAGGCUAUCAUGUGGCUCAGUCCACCGGACAGGAAGGUGCAUCUCCUCAGGGGGUGACUGCAGCAGGUAGCUUGGUAAUCCAGAACAAGCCAGGCACCCCUGCUACUCUUAAUGGGACUUUUGGGAAUGGUACUGGGGGCCCAGCAGGAGCAGCAGGGGUGCAGGUAACCCAGAGCUUGGCUCAAAGUAGCCCAAUCAUGCAGGCUCAUAAUGUGAUUAUACAGAGAACUCCUACUCCAAUUCAGCCCAAACCAACAUCUGCAGGGGUCAUCCAAUCCAAGUUGUAUCCUAUCUCGCCCAAGCCAUUUGGUCCUAAUUCUACUGGACAGAGUAAUCCCCAAAGUGCGACCCUUACCCUCCAAAAUGAGACUGCACAGAAAGGGCAGCAGAAUGUGGCCUUCAUGACAAGCAAACCUCCACAAAAUGUGGUCUUGUCAACAACGGGAACACCCUUCCCACAAAGCCUGCAAGCCAACAUCUUUAAACAGCAGCAAGCUCCACAGCAGGCCCUGGGGAAGCCACUCAGCGUACACCUGUUGAACAAUGCAGGAAGCAUCGUUAUCCCCUCUCAGGCAAUGAUACAGGGGCAGUUACAAGGACAAAAUCCAUUUCUCUUGCCAGGACAACUACCCCCGCCAAUAUCUGCCCUGCAGGCUGGGGUCGGAGGACAGAUUCUUACUCAACAUUCAGGGGGCCACAUAAUCACCAACCCUGGAGGUCAGCUUAUUGCCAACCCAAUCCUAACCAAUCAGAACCUUGCUGGACAGCUGAAUUUGGGUCAGAUGUUGACAUCACAGAGCACUCCAGGGACUGCCCAUAUCCUUUCUACCCCAAUCCAGUUACAGCCAGGACAAAUGGGACCGCACACUUUGUUCCAGAUGCCUGUUUCCCUUGCAGGAUCUCUGCACACUCAGACCCACACAACAGCAGCAGGCCAGACUGUCAUCCAGGGCAUGGCACUUCCCAAUCCAGUUGCUAUGCUUAACCAAGCAGAGAGCAUUGGGCAAGCUAUAAAUCUGCAACAACCUUCAGUCAACAGCACUUUGCCAGCUGCAGUACCUCAGCAGGCUGAUUCAGGACUCAUAGCUGGUAGUGGAGUUAGUGGAAGUGAUCAACAAACUCAUCAUCCACCUGCCCCUUCGAUUUUGACUGUCCAAACGUCAUCUUCCACUCAGGCUACAUCACAUCCCCAACAAAUCAACACUGUCCAUGCACCACAACCACCUUCCUCACAGACCAGUCCUGGCAUGGUUCCAAGCCCAAGCAAGAUCAUCAUCAGUCAACAAACUCCCGGCAUGCUGAUCAAUCAGGAGUCUGUGCAUAUGUUUUUGCAGCAGCCGGAACAGCCACAAGCCCCACUCUUCCAGCAGCUGGACAAAGCCCCGCCUUCAGGAGGUGUGGCCAGCCACAUCUCCAUAUCCUCCAGUUGCGUCCCUGCUUCUGUCAUCGUCAGCAGCAGCUCUGGACCCUCCCCUUCUGGCCCGGAGAGCUUGUCAGCAGAGGCCAGACCAGGAAAAACAGCCUCUUCGUUUGGGUCACAUACAGCAGAGCUGGUUUACCAGAUUCCUUCAGCUAGUCAACCACAAAAACUUGUGGGUGCUUCUCCCUCUCACACUCUACCUCACCCAACAUCACUCAACGAGAGUACUCAGCAGCUUCAGCAGCAGCAACCCUUGCUUAUUAGUCAAAUGCAGUCUCCCCAUCAGUCCAGGCCCCCAUCUCAGCCCCAGCCCCUCUCUCGUCCACCUUCACAACCCCAGUCAAGGCCACCCUCGCAACCCCAGCAGCCUCUCUCACGACCUCCAUCAGAGCCACCACUCUCCCGCUCAUGUACACCAUCUCAACUCUCUUUGCAACCAUUAUUCAUCAUUCAGAACCAGAUAGGGGGAUCCCCUCAACCUCAAGCAACACAGCAAGCCCCUCACCCUAUGCGACCCCCAUCUCAGCCUGCCAGCACACCACACCAGUCGCAAUCACCUUUCCAGCAACCCCAGCUUCCACAAGCUCCACCUCUUCCCCUCACUUCACAGAGUGAGCAACAUACCCCUCCACAGCAACAGCAGAACCUUUCCUCACCACAGCACCUUCAAGUACAUCUGCCUUCACAGCAGACAUCUGCUGUGACUUUGCCUGCUCUUAGCGCUGGACAGUUCCAGUUUCAGUUCCCAGUCCAACAGACUCAUAGUUCUCUACACCCUCAGCAGACCACUCAACCUCAGCCACAACCACAGCCACCACCACCCCCUCCUGCUAUUCCAGUUCAGGGUACCACAAACAUAGGGGUAAAACCACAGCAUACAGCCUCCCAGACACUGCACAUGACAGCUGAGCAGCAGCAGACUCUGCAGAUGGUAAGCGCACAGCUUCAGUCGUUGUCUACCAUUGUGCAGCCAAAUGCCCAGCAAAAACAAUAUAGAGAGAAGCUGCAUCAGAUACAACAGAACAUCAUCAUGCAAGCAACACAGCAGACAUUGUCCUCCAGCCAGUCCCAGUCUAGUCCGAAUCAGUUCAGCAGUUCACAACCUUCCAUUUUGGUCAGUCAGCAAACCAUAGCCUUACCAAGCAAUCAGUCCAAGGUACAGCCACAUCCAGAGUCUUCUCCAGCAAAGGUUACCACUCAGCCAGGUGCAGGAGCUCCUCCACAGCUAGCAUCACUUCUGCAGCAAACGUCAGUGGUAGUGAAGACUCCCCCUACUGCGGUUUCCAGUGGUGCUACACUAAAUGAGGGCAAGGUGUUUUCUGCAGUAGGACCACUCAAGCAAACAACACAGAUAUCUCUUCCUCUAUCAUCACAGGGAGUUCAGAGCAAAACAGGUGUUAUCAGUUCCCUUCCAGGGCUAAGCCUUGGAAAAGGCCCUCUCCAAAUACAGGUUUUAGGGGCAGGCAUCUCUCAGAUAGUUCCAACAACUACUGUCCAGUCACAGCCUCAGGCAGGAAAUACUUUGAAGAGGCCUUUUUCAGUGCAGCCUAGCAAAGAAGCUCGGAUACUGGAGCAAUUACGGAAGCAGCAAGGAUCAGUGCUGCACCCGGAUUAUCAGGCGCCAUUCCGUUCAUUUGAAGACGCACUACAAAGAUUACUGCCCUACCAUCUCUACCAGGGUACUCCUUCUUCUAGCCAUGAUUAUGACAAAGUGGACGAGGAGUUUGAAAGUGUGUCAACCAGUCUGCUGAAAAGAACCCAGGCCAUGCUCAACAAAUACCGACUUUUGCUAUUUGAGGAGUCCAGGAGGCUUGGGCCCUCAGCCGAAAUGGUCAUGAUUGACCGGAUGUUCAUUCAGGAAGAAAAGACAGCACUUUCUCAGGACAAAGUAUUAGCAAAAGAAAAACCAGAUGAGUUUGUGCUGCAUUCCUGUCCCCCACAUAACCUCUCUACCUCCUCCAGUUGCCUCCCUGCUCAUCGGUCUGCUCUGCUAUCAGACACCAGUAGUUCAUCCACAUCUGAAUGCUCUAAAGGCCUUGGGUCAAGCACCAGCUCUACUGCCAGUUCAAGUGGAGGCAGCAACAGUAGCAGUUGUGCACCCUGCAUAACCCCUUCCUUGGUCACGCCAACCAAAUUGGUCAUCAAGCACAGUGGAGGAGCUUCACCUUCAGUUUCCUGGGCGCGGGCUACACCUCCACCUUCCUUGACCACUUCAGUAGAGGUGGAUGAGGACACCUUACCAUCACGAAGUAAGCCUCCUAUCAAAACCUAUGAGGCCCGCAGGCGGAUCGCAUUAAAACUAAAAAUCAAGCAGGAGGCAGGGCUCAGUAAGGUGGUUCAUAACACUGCAUUAGAUCCCACACCUCAGCCUGUGCCUCCAACAACCCAACAUACUUCAAGAGUCCCAGCACAGCCUCAUAAACAGAGCCCACUUUCCCCUGUCACAGGAAGUGCAGUUUGUAGCACUGAGACUGCACCCACUUCCACAGUCAUCCGUGCUCCUUCUAACAACAAUGUUGCUGUGACUGUUUCCUGUACAUCUGCAAUGGCAUCAGGCACCACUACAGUAAUAACAACUCAAACAUCUUCAACAACGUCGUCUAGCCAAAUGAAUGGAACACUUGAACAUCCUGCAGAUAGGAAGCCAACACCCACAUCUUGUCGGCUGCCCUUGCGCAAAACUUAUCGGGAGAAUGUGAGUCCAGUACGACCUGGGCCUGACAGCAAAACGGGUGGGUGUGGAUUUGGAAUUGGUGCAAGUGGAGAUGGGGUUGAAGCUGUGAGUCGUCCACACAAUUCUUCACUUCAUCAGAGGCCAUCAUUGCCACAUAGGCCGCUGCCACCAUCAGAGAUUACAAGGGAUGAAGAAGAUGAAGAUUUUGACAGCUCAAGGACAGUCAUUGCCAGUGUAAAGCUGGAAAAGAAGGCGCUUUCAGUUGGAAAGGGGCGACCCAAAAUGUUUGAAGGGGAUAGGGCUAUUCCCAAGCAGCAACAGCAGGACGAUUCAGGGCUCAUGAAGGAGCUUGCAGAGGUUCAAGAGGAGUUUUACCGUGGGAUAAUAAAGCAGGAGCCACCAGAUAAUUACAGUGGUGGAGGGGACAGCCACUCUACCACUGGCUCCAGUAUGACUGUAGCUGGGACGUCUUCUCCGGGUGAUCUUCCCUGGGAAGUGUCCCUGCCCACUGCUGCCAAGCGGAGGAAAUCUGAGUCUCUGGAUGUGGACAAUGCCAGCUUCUCCAGUGACAGCCCUCCGGACGAUAUUCUCAAAGAGCAUCUCCAGUGCGCCAUUGACAGUAUCCUGAACUUACAGCAGGGGCAGGGACCCCCUGCCCACCCCACUGCAGCCUCUGGAGCUGUUGGUGGGGCUUCAUCUGCUGAUGGAGAGUCAGGAGGUGGGGGACGAAUACAGCGAUCCUCCUCCACCUCUUACCGUCCUUCCCAUCCUCAUAGGCAAGUAGGAGAUCCCUACUCAUCACAGAAUCAGAAUGGGGGUCUUGGAGCACGGACGCAUAACAGAUAACAGGCUCUGUUCUGCCUGUACUUCUGUCCAGCAGUCUGACAAGCUCGCCAGACUGUCUCUCCCUGAGGCAGUGUGAUGAACUGACUCCAGGGUUUCAUUUUAUGAGAUUGGAUUGAGGGAAGUGGGAAACAAAGGGAGAUGAGCUUAUGUCUGAGGAAUAUCUGGAAUGAGAUGAAGUAACCUGUGGCUUUGAAGGGUGUACCAUUUGUGGGUGGGGUAAUGAGGGAGUCCGCAUGCUUUCUGCUCUUGUUGACUCCUUUUCCCCCCAUCACAUUCAAACAACAAAACAAAGCCAGUGUAUGGGAGCAGAAGGUAGCAAGUCGAGAACAAAACUGGUUAAAUGAAGGUCCCAGUGUAGAAUGGGUGGCUUUGGUGUAAUUCCCUCCAUUGGCCACCUCCCACAAUGCAUGUCUGUGCCACACUGUUCUGGACUUCUCUUAGUGCUGUCCAGAUUCCAUAGACUGUCCUUUUGAAGGGCGUAAGCUGGAAAGUGGUACAGAGUGCAUUAAAGAUUUUUUUCUACCUCCACCCUUCUCCUGUGAUAAAGAUGCAAUGCGAUGACCAAGCCUUUUCCUUCACAUCACAGCAGCACUCACACAUCUGUUCUUGCAAUUAUGUUCUGUGUCAAGAUGGGGUCCAGCCAUACCCAUGCAAGCUGACUGAGAUAUUCUUCCUUUAAAGCCAAUCAAGCAUUCACCAUGGACUAAUUCCACCAGGCUGAAAUUUCAGUCAAGGUGCUCUCAGUUGUGCACCUGGAGAGCUCCUGUCCCCAUUUUCUUCUCUUUCAGAAUGGUGAACUCAUAAACUUUACUAUUCUGUUAUUCAUCUUUCGGUUCCCAGGAACCAAAAGUUUGGGUUUCUUAGGUUAGAGAAAGUCGUCUAGGGGAUAAUGUGGUCUGCAUGACAUUGUAUGAUGAGUAGGUAAAGAAGUUUCCAACACUAAACCAGAUCUCUGUGCCAGUGGCUGAACUGCCCCCACUCCAAUGCCAAUUUGUAGCUGCAGCUCUUGAACAAACCUGUGUUGGCCAGUUUCCUGAGCAAGUGUCUCUUUCAUAGAUUAUUUCUGAUGGCAUAUACUCUUAGCAGACACAGUGCUGCUGGUGAAAUGUUGUGGUGCCUCAAGUGUGGAAUUUAAAAUAAACACAAUCUCAUUAUGUAUUUCAGUGUAACAACAUUCCCCCAAAGUUCCAUCCUCACACACACACAUACACAUUGGUAAUGUACCACUUGUGUUGAAAGAUGUACACAAAACAUCUGAAGGGUAAUAAAAUUGCCAUACAUUAGACAACUGAGCAGCAUAGCCAUGUAAGUUUGAUUAGAUCUUCUCGUGUCGCCAUUUAUUUUUUAAAUUCACCAGCAGAGGGCAUUGUUUUGACUACAAAAUAAAUUUAAUAUUUGUAAAUGUAUGAAAUGUAGAAAAGCUCAUUUUUAUGAAACAAACAUUUCAUAUAAUUACUUGACAAAAAGAGUAGCAAAUAAAUACUAAAGGGCCAUGCAAAUGCAUUACACACAAUAAACAUUUGUGGGGAAAAAUAUAAUGUUUGAAUUCUGAUGGCCACAUGGUCCAGUUUAAAUGAAUUUGUCUCUUUCAUAUGCACACUUCUAUGUUAAAUUACAUAUUUAGAGAUUUAAUAUUUUAAGGCAAUCACAUUUUGGGAGUUUUUUUUUUUUUUUUUUUUUUUUUUUACUAAAAAUGCUUAGUUUGAUUGGCCUUUGUUUAUUUUUUUAUUUUUUUUAUAUUUCAAGUGGUAGAUUCUCCAAAUGGUGAGUGUAAUUUAGCAACUUUCACACUGGCAACCGUAUUUUUGCUCUGCUUACUUUAUGUUUGUGCAUUACAGUGUGUGUGUGUGAGUGUGUGUGUGCGCACAUGCAUGUAUUUUUGUCAUCACACUUACCUGCAAAUGAAGCCACAGGAAUGUUGUGUGUGUGUAUGAAAUGUUUUCAGGUUUGCCAGGCUGUAGCUCAAGAAUUGGAUGGAUGAAAGAGUGCCGAUCUCUCCUGUAGCAACCAAACCCCCCUGCCCCGGCCGAAUACACACAAGUGCUCUGUCUGUCUAUCAGCUUCAGUGGGCACCUCUACAAUGAAUCUCCUGGACGAUUUAAAAUUUAAGGAAAAGGAAUUUGAAAUAUAGUACUACAGAAUAAUUUUGUACUGUAUUUAUUGUGUAUAAUGAUUAAUUUUUUUUUAAAAGAACUAUGUACAUUUAGUAAAACUGUGUAAAUUAAAUCCCGCCUCUUUUUAAAAA